UAUGGCGGAGGCUUCCCUAGGGAGUUCCAGUCCAGUUGGCUCUUUAUCGUCAGAGGACCAUGACUUUGACCCAACAGCAGAAAUGUUAGUUCAUGAGUACGAUGACGAGAGGACUCUGGAGGAGGAAGAGUCUUUAGAUGGAGGGAGGAACUUCAGAUCUGAGAUUGCAGAUCUGGAAAAGGAGGGGACCAUGCCUUUGGAAGAACUAUUGGCCAUCUAUCGCUACGAGGCAUCAGCAGGCUCCAGUAUAGACAGCUCGUCAGGAGACCUCACUGAUGAGCUGCCAGACAUGACUUUGGACAAGGAAGAAAUAGCUAAAGACUUGCUGUCUGGAGACUACGAGGAGGAGACCCAGUCCUCAGCUGAUGAUCUGACCCCUUCAGUCACCUCCCAUGAGGCCACUGAUUUCUUCCCAAGAACACUACGAUCCAACGCCAUAUCGGAUGGUGACAAAGAGUCGGAGUGUGAUGAAGAUGGCCCAAGCCCAGAAGACUCCAGAAAGGAAAUAAUGGUGGGAACACAGUACCAAGCAGAGGUUCCUUAUUGCCUCUGUCACUACAAAGAUGGGGAGAAAGUUUAUGAUGAUGAAGAUGAGUUAUUGUGGAGCCCAGGUACAAUGGCUGAAAACAAGGUCAGGGGUUUUCUGUCUGAAGUGUUGUCACGAACAACAGAUGAAAAGAUAGGAUUUGACAAACCAGGGAUGCACGUUCGAGACAAUGAGCAGGCCUUGCAUGAGCUAAUCAAGUGUAACUACAGCACCCGCGAAGCAUCAGAGAGAUACUGCAGCCGCAUUAAGUCCUCGAAAGGAAAAUCUCCUCCCUGGUCAGAAGAUGAAUGCAAGAACUUUGAACAUGCACUACAGAUGUAUGACAAAAAUUUCCACCUCAUACAGAAACACAAAGUCCCAACACGAACUGUAGCAGAAUGUGUGGCGUUUUAUUACAUGUGGAAGAAGUCGGAGCGCUUCGACUUCUUUGUGCAGCAGAAUCGGUUUGGAAAGAAAAAAUACAGCAGCUAUCCCGGUGUAACUGACCUGAUGGACCGGCUGGUGGAUGAAGCGGAAGGACUGGCAGUGGACAGUUCCUCCUCAGUGUGUUCGGGAGCUGGUGGAGGAGGAAGACUGGAGACGACCACCGACCAGCUGAGCCUGCUCAACUCCAUCACUGCCAGCGACCUCACAGCUUUGAGUAACAGUGUAGCCACAGUGUGCAGCCCUGCCGAGGUGAGCUGUCUCGACUCCUACAGCUUCCCGCCAUUGGAAAGUCUUCAUCGUGGGUCCCUUAACCACGACGAAUCCCUCGGGUUCCCUUCCAACGGUGCAGACACCGACUGCCUCAACAUGCUUGACGCCGGCUUCUACCACACUGACCUGGGCCAGCUAGGAGGAGGGUGCGGCAACAAGGACUGCGAGCGGCCCUCAAAGAGACUCAAGUUGGCGCUGCCUGACUCCUUUAUCAAUGACGUGUCUGUGGGUAACCUUGGAGUUGACUUCGAGGCGCGACGGACAACGACGCACCACCAUCGAAUCACAGGGGCCAAAAUGGCAGUAUCCGUCACAGACUUUGGGAGCUUGGCUGGCAACGGCGAGCCCAACGGGUUUCUGGGAGCACAUGCACGGCAUCACACACAGCACACUGCAGCACUUCAAUCGGAGUGAUCUUCCUCCCUUGCUCUUCUUUUGAAACCCCUUAUCUUGCUUGUACAUAAGACUGAACUCACUGGA